GCGCGCGCCCGUCCUCCGUUCAGACAUGGCAGCGGAGCAGCUGCAGCGGACUGCGGGGCCUGGAGGCUGCUGAACACCGGGACGCUACCGAGCCGCAGCCUGGAGGGGAGCGCGACGCCCAACGAGUGCAGCCAUGGGACACGGAGUGGGCUGAACCAGAGGGCCUACCAGAAAACAUCUGUGGCUUCCCAGUGUGGUUUAUGACAUGGCCACGGCCUCAUCCAGAGCAGAGACGAGCCACAACCACAGACGCACGUCGCAGCUCGAUGCCAUUGUUUCCUGUGCCAAGCUCAAGAGGAAGAGGAGUGUUUUCGGGGCUGCUGUUUAUGUGGAGGUGACAGCAGAGGGAGAGAGCCACCGCACAGCAAAAUCUCACAGCUCCUGCAGCCCUAAAUGGGAUGAAAGGCUCACCCUGUCUGUAACGCCACACACACAAGUGGAUUUCAAAGUAUGGAGUCACCACACCCUGAAAGCAGACGGCCUGCUGGGAAAAACCACGCUGGACCUGAGUCAAGCUUUGGAGCAGCACGACAGAAAACUGGAGAAUGCUAAAGAGGUCCUGAAGCUGAAUGUGGAGCAGAAAGGGGUCCUGGUUCCUGUGGGGGAGCUGACCGUGUACCUUGAUGGUCUGACAGUCACUGACCAGGAGGAAGUGGCGCCGCUGACCAACGGCAGCGCAGCAAACCUCACCAAGUUCCAGCAGAAUGGCGAUGCUCUUCAUGAAAACGGGGAUUCAUCAUCCUCUUCCUCGAGGGCUGCCAACAGCACCGUGAACGGAACGGACUUGGGUCCAAGGUCAGGCUCUUGCUCGGUCUCCAGUGGGGCAGAUGGUCAGGGGCCUUCCAGCUCCUGCAGCCUUGCUCCUGAGCACGUCGUAAAUGGAGACAUGACACCCAACUCCACCCCGGUCCACCAGCCCUCCGACAGCGAUGCAGACAGCAGAAUGAUGACCAGGGAGUCCUGUGAGGCUGCAACAAGAGGUGAAGUGCUGCCCCCUGCAGAUGACCAUGAGGACUGCGCACCAUCCGCCGCCCCACCGGGCGCUCAAACAGCACCAAACACCACCUCUUCAUGCCCACCAACGUCCACACCUUCUCCAGUCACCUCUGACGCUGCUAAACCUGCCAAUGGCACUGCUGCUGCUUCCACCACACACGCCUCUCCGGGCCCGGGGGCCACCGCCGCCACCACAUCUUCAUCUUCGUCCUCUUCCUCCCCAGCUCCAGGUGAACCGAGCGCUGCAGGAGCUGUGGGUGACAGCAGUGCAGCCGUGACAACAGACGGGGUGAAACCCAGACAGCCGGUCCCCAACGCUGCAGCCUCAGAUCCUCUACCACCAGGGUGGGAGCAGAGAAAAGAUCCACAUGGGAGAACAUACUACGUUGACCACAACACCAGAACCACAACCUGGGAAAGGCCACAGCCACUACCUCCAGGGUGGGAGCGGCGAGUUGACGAUCGAGGCAGGAUCUAUUACGUAGACCACAACACUCGCACGACGACAUGGCAGCGCCCCACCAUGGAGUCUGUGAGAAACUUUGAGCAGUGGCAGAGCCAGCGCAGCCAGCUGCAGGGAGCUAUGCACCAGUUCAACCAGAGAUACCUCUACUCUGCGUCCAUGAUGUCUGCAGAGAACGACCCUCUGGGUCCUUUACCUCCUGGUUGGGAGAGGCGCGUGGACUCCAACGACAGAGUGUACUUCGUCAACCACAACACCAAGACGACGCAGUGGGAGGACCCUCGAACCCAAGGGUUACAGAAUGAAGAUCCUCUGCCUGAAGGUUGGGAAAUUCGUUACACAAGAGAAGGAGUUCGCUACUUUGUGGACCACAACACAAGAACCACCACCUUCAGUGACCCCCGCACUGGAAAGUCCUCGGUCACCAAAGGCCCACAGAUUGCAUAUGAGCGCAGCUUCAGAUGGAAGCUUGCACAUUUCCGUUACCUGUGCCAGUCCAACGCUCUCCCCAGUCAUGUGAAGAUCACCGUCUCCAGACAGACGCUCUUUGAAGACUCCUUUCAGCAGAUUAUGGCUCUGAAACCAUACGACCUGCGGAGAAGGCUCUACGUCAUCUUCAGAGGCGAGGAGGGUCUGGACUACGGUGGCCUGGCUCGAGAGUGGUUCUUCCUGUUGUCUCACGAAGUGCUCAACCCCAUGUACUGUCUGUUUGAGUACGCCGGGAAGAGCAACUACUGUCUGCAGAUCAACCCGGCGUCGGCCAUCAACCCCGACCACCUGUCCUACUUCUGCUUCAUAGGCCGCUUCAUUGCAAUGGCACUUUUCCAUGGAAAAUUCAUCGACACAGGCUUCUCUUUGCCUUUCUACAAACGCAUGCUGAACAAGAAGCUGAUCCUGAAGGACCUGGAAUCUAUUGACCCCGAGUUUUAUAACUCACUCAUAUGGAUCAGGGACAACAACAUCGAGGAGUGUGGUCUGGAGAUGUACUUCUCCGUAGACAUGGAGAUCUUGGGGAAGAUCACGUCUCACGACCUGAAACCAGACGGCACCAACAUCCUGGUGACCGAAGAGAACAAAGAAGAAUACAUCAGUCUGAUGGCAGAGUGGAGGUUCUCUCGUGGGGUCGAAGGUCAAACCAAAGCGUUCCUGGAUGGGUUCAACGAGGUCGUUCCUCUUCAGUGGCUCCAGUACUUCGAUGAAAAAGAGCUGGAGGUGAUGCUGUGCGGCAUGCAGGAAGUCGACCUCCAGGACUGGCAGAGGAACACCGUGUACCGUCACUACACCAGGAACAGCAAACAGAUCAUCUGGUUCUGGCAGCUGGUGAAGGAGGUGGACAACGAAGUGCGGCUGAGACUCAUGCAGUUCGUCACUGGAACCUGCAGGCUUCCUUUAGGUGGUUUUGCUGAGCUUAUGGGAAGUAACGGGCCUCAGAAGUUCUGCAUAGAGAAAGUGGGGAAGGACACGUGGCUUCCUCGGAGCCACACGUGCUUCAACCGUCUGGACUUGCCUCCCUAUAAGAGCUACGAGCAGCUGAAAGAGAAGCUGCUCUUCGCCAUCGAGGAAACCGAAGGAUUCGGCCAAGAGUAGGCGGAGCAUGUCGUCGGGCGUUCUCCCCAAACUGUCGCUGUUCGCUCAGCCGAGAAAAACAAACUGAAACAAGAAUUGCACAAGAUAACCACCGAUGUAUAUAAUAAGCUAUUCUGUCAUUUCAAACCAAAUCUGAACAGUUUUGCCUCCAUCGAGGCCCCAGUGUGUUAGAAAUUGGGCCACAGUGAAAAUAUGCAAACAUUCAUGGAGUCAUGGAUGUUAUUAAACGUCCUCCUCACAGCUGAGUGGCGUUCAAAGACGAACUGAACCUUGGAUCACUUCGUUCCCAGCUCUAGUUCUAUAGAGCUCUUAAAAGGCAAAACGCAGUUUUUGGUGCCUGUUCUGUUGGACCCUGUUGGUUUUUGUAACUCUUGCAUGCUGCCUAUGAUUAGACGAGCGCCGCUGGCCCCCGCGCAGACGCUUCGGCACGGACCGCUGCAUCUUCGAGUGAGCUUGUCUCCAUAUUUAUCAGGAGGGCUCUGAGGAGCAGAAUGCUGCUCCCAGUUUGCAUCCGAUGGUUUCCUUCAGGGCUAAUGAAGCUUUGUGACACGUUUCCACUGCAUCGACAGCUGGGAUGACUUGAUGUUUGAAUCAGGGAGGGGGGGGACAGAUAAUUGUUUUUUCAAACCAGAGAUCCAGGACAUGUUCACAGCUACCUGCACACUGUGACGUGCGCGAGACGAAAAGACUUCUAGUGUAAAUUACUCCUGAUUAAUUCUGCAGUUUUUGCCAAAAAGCAAAAGGUUCUGCCCCACUUCUGAAGUGGACCGUGGGUUCUGCUGUCUAAUGAGACCACUGUGAUCGACACGGCGCUAGUUCUUACCUCACGUACGUUGUUUCAGUCCAUACGUAGAGGUGGCUUUUAAUGCACACGAAAGACUUUCUGUGAAUAUCAAACGAUUGAAGCCAUUAUUUCAUGUCCAAACCACGAAGCAGCCUCAUCACAAACGUCAACAUCCAAGACGAUCGAACCCGUGGUCAAAGUGCAGGAAACAUUUUCUCCGCUCCACGUUUCGUCUUCAAGCAGUUGGGUCCAGGCUCUGUCGGGACGAUCUGGAGAUGAACCGUGGCAGGAGGAGCCGGCGUCUGCAGAACUUUGUGCUUCCUCCAGAACAGAACCAGCGUUGGUGGAUUUUACGGAGCAGCUGCUUCACGCUCAGCGCCGACCGCUCCGCUCACAGAAAUCUUUGUUGCCUUCGUUCUCCUCAGCUGGACGUUCUGCUCAGACUGAGUUUUGUUCAUGUGGAUGUAAACCCAGCUGUAACAUAUCACCUGUAGAUACUCUGUAAACACCACGCUGUACAGAAGAGUCAUUUUUAAUCUCACCCAUUUUAAAUGGACAGAUGGAUUUAUGAGAUACCAAUAAAAAGUGAAUUAAACUCCUCGGGUUGUUUUUGUG